UAUGAUCCUCCUGUUUGCUCCACAAUCCACAUGCAGGCGAACCCUUCACUUUGGCGCAUCAUAACAAACUUACUUACUUGUCAUGUCGUCUUCUUCUACUACUGAGGAGCCUGUAUCGAAGCGGCAGAGACUACAGGAUGCUGCCUCUGCCAUCUUGCUACUAGAUCGGAAAGAUCUUUGGAUUGGAAGGAUCUUUCUGCAGAAUUCACGUAACAGAUCCUUCCCUUUGUGGGCAUGGGCCAGUAUGCCUUUGUGGGUGGUGUCAACAAACAACUGAAUCAGCUGUACACGGAGUAUGGUGCUGCCGUCAAGGAUCCUCCACUGGUGAUGAAAUCUAGUGAACACGAACGCGCAUGGGACGGAUUUGCAGCGACAAGCACUGACACGUUCUAUGGCAGCACCUUUUGUAAUCUGAAACUUGCUAAAUACUGGCUUGAUGAUACAUCCGGCAAGAACCACAUGCGGACAGGUGAUGCAUUCCGGGUUAUUGCCAAAGUUGGAAAUCUAACAGUUCUGCAAUGGGCCCUUGAACACAAGUUGUUUCCGUGGAGUAAACUAUUUGAAGGUGCAUGCAGUGAUGCUGCUGCUCAUGGUCAUCUUGACAUCCUCAAGUGGGCUCGUGAGAAGGAAUGUGAAUGGAAAUCAACUACUUGUUUUUGUGCAGCUCGACAUGGUCAUCUAGACAUUCUCAAAUGGGCGCAUGAGAAUGGUUGCCCUUGGGACCAUUGGACAUGCAGUGCUGCAGCAUCAUCGGGGCACUUGGACAUUCUCAAGUGGGCACGUGAGAAUGGUUGUCCAUGGAAUGCCGACACAUGCACUGAAGCUGCAAAGAGUGGGCAUCUCCAAGUACUGAAGUGGGCACGUGCCAAUGGAUGCCCUUGGGACGAGAAAACCUGCAGGAACGCUGCUGAAAGUGGUCAUUUAGAAUUGCUGAAAUGGGCAAACGAGAAUGGCUGCCCAUGGGACGAAACUACAUGCUGUGCUGCUGCUCUAGAUGGUCACGGAUGGGAUGCAUGCACAAGCUGUGGUCACACUGCUGAAACUGAUCAUUUAGUUGUUCUCAAAUGGGCUCGAGAGAAUGGAUGCCCAUGGAAUGAAUUUACAUGCAGUUUUGCUGCUACAGGUGGUCGAUUGGAUAUUCUAAAAUGGGCUCGAGAGAAUGGAUGUCUCUGGGAUGCCGAAACAUGCUCAGCUGCGGCUGAAGGAGGACAUUUGGAAUUGCUGAAAUGGGCUCGUGCCAAUGGAUGCCCUUGGGACGAGACAACCUGCAUGAAAGCUGCUGAAGGAGGACAUUUUGAAUUGCUGAAAUGGGCUCGAGAGAAUGGAUGUCCCUGGGAUGCCGAUACAUGCUCAGCUGCGGCUGAAGGAGGACAUUUGGAGAUUCUGCAGUGGGCUCGUGAAAACGGCUGCCCAGAAGAGGGCCAAGAGGACGAAGAGUGGUGAUUCCGAGGCAGAAGAAGAGGAUCAAGGAUUGAUUGCCAGGCUAGACCACCGGUGCUCAAGGGUUUCCCAGUUGGUUGCGUCUGCUGUCAGCCGCUGGCUAGCUAGCUAUCCGUGGAGCGGUAGUGCAUUGCUAUUCUAUGACUGCUAGGGCAAAUACUUUUGUAGUUGAAAAGAUAGGUUCUGUUCUAAAUGUUUUAGAGUCGCAAAUGUCUGUCUGUAGAGAAGCAGGAAGGAGGCAAGGAGGUCGUUUUGCUU